CUGUAUCUCUCCUAAAGAAGUGAGAAACGUUGACAGUCGAGGGCGAGAGAACAAGAGAGAGAGACGGAGAGGCACGAUGGCUGAAUUCAGACGGAUUCAAAUAACUUUAUUUGUGAUUCUGCUGCUUCAGGUUACAGCGGUUCCUAGACAAACCCACCUCUCCGUCACUGUCAGAGCUGGAGAUGAUGUCCCUCUGCCUUGUGAAAAUGUGAUAACUCAGGGCAACUGUGACCAAACUACAUGGCUUUCUAGUCGUAACGGGGAAGCAGCAGUAGAGCUGAUAGCAUUUGGGCAGAUUAAAGAUAAUAUUCCCAAAACUAAAUCAGACAGACUGAGUGUUACAGAGAAAUGUUCUCUGGUUAUAAAGAACGUCACAGGUGAUGAUGCUGGACGUUACACCUGCAGACAGUUCAACACAUCAGGACCAAAACUAGGUCCAGAUGCUGUGGUUCAUCUGUCUGUUGUUACCAUGGAAGAACUGAAGAACACUGAUGAUUCGUCCACCUUGUCCUGCUCUGUGUUAACAUAUGAUGAGUGUAAACACACAGUAGAGUGGCUGUAUGAGGGAGAUGAGACCGACGUGGAGAUAAGACCGGCGACCUGUUCAGCCCAGGUGUCAUUUACUCCUCGUCUCAAUCAGAACUUACUGAAGUGUAACGUGACAGAUAAGAGGAAUGGAAACACGCUGCUGUGUAAUGUCGGCCCCCGGUCCUCAUGUAAGAAAUCAGGAAGCUCAACAGUGGGAACAGAUUACACACCAGAGAAUGACACAGGCCUGUGGGUGUACAUCUUUGUGCCGGUGGGUGUAACGGCUCUCCUAGCAGCUCUCAUCAUCGUGUUAGUCAUCAGACGGAAGAAAACUAAAAGGAACAAAACACAGACCGUUGAAAAAAUUGAACUGAGCUCAAACUCCGCAGCAACUCAGUCUGCUCCAGAAACCAGUCAGGACAUGGCUGAUCCUGAAGGUGGUGUUUUCUACGCCUCCAUCAACCACACCAAGAAGACCAACAGUAAAGCUCAGGCUCAGGGUAAAGAUGCUGAUGCUGAUGCUAAUGCAGUGACCUACAGCACGGUGAGAGCUUCCUCUUCCUCUGCUGCUGCUGCAGCCUCAGCUGAUCUCAGCGACCUCUACGCCACCGUCAACAAACCCAACCAAUAAGAAAGCACGGUGUAGUUACAGCUCGUAGCAUUACAGGUAUUUACACUGACAGUUAAUGAAAAGUCCAAGUCUGUUUUUAUUCUGUAUGUGCCUUUUACCAGAAUUCACUCAUACUGUGGUACUGUUUGAAGCCAUUUAGCAACAUUGUUUCUGCAGUAGAAAUCCUUGUGAUCAUUUAAUAUGUAUUUAUAUUUUUGUACAGAACAGAACCUUUUUUAGCAGAUUAAUAGCAGUGUUUAGGAUGCAUAAAGGAAAAGAAAAACCCUUGUUGCUAAGCUUCAUCUGGUUGUUUAAAGAUUAACAUGAUUUUAUAUGAUGAAGGACUGGAUUAGGUUGAUUUACAUGAUAUUUGAAAAUGUAUGGGUAGUUUUGCAUUUCAGGUCUUACAUGAGCAUAUGAUCUAGUUUUCUUUCUGUUACAAAUAUGUUUAUGACAAUUUUAAAUGUUUAUUGCUGUAAAGUUCCUUUCUGUCCAGAAGGGGGAGUAGUAGAUUAAGAUGUAGUACAAUGUGAAACAUAGAUGUAAGAACCUGA